UCAGCUGCAAAAGACUUUGUGACCAAUCAGAAGCGAGGACCUGUGCGUCUACACGUCAUCCUCACAGAGAGUUCACGCAGUCAGACUCGUGCAGACACGAACACAGACAUGGCAGCGACUGGACCUCACAAGAUGCCCAGCUGGGAGAAGAGAGUGCGGAUUGUGUUGUGCGUCGUUGGUCUGGUUCUGUCUGUGUAUGCGCUUCACGUGGAGCUGUCCAGAGAGGCAGACCCGGAUUACAGGGCGAUGUGUGACCUGGGGGAGUCAGUGAGCUGCUCCAAGGUUUUCACCUCCAGAUGGGGGCGUGGCUUUGGCUUGGUCCAGUUGUUCGUGGCUAAAGAGAACCCUCUGAACCAGCCCAACAGCCUGCUGGGCCUCCUGUUCUACACUGUGCAGCUGGGCCUCGGUCUGUCACUAUCUAAGAAAGCAGCUCUGUGUCUGGUGGUCUCCUCCUGGGUGUCAGUGGCCGGCUCGCUCUACCUCGCCUUUAUUCUUGCCUUUGUUCUGGGGGAUUUCUGCAUGGUCUGCGUGUCCACGUACGUCGUCAACUUCGCGCUGCUCUUCACUAACCUCAGAAGAAGGAGAGCCAUUGAAGGAAUGAAGGAAAAGGCUCCAUAGACGUGUGUUCCCUGAGAAAUCCACCGCCUUCUCCAGGUGAAACCACAGCGAGCCCCUCCCACGGUGCAAGCCCCUCCCACGGUGGAACAGGACUGACUGUGCUUCAACACACACACACACACACGUUUUUGUACAUCGAUGCACAUUUUUGAUGCUGAUCGCACAUGUUUGAAAAACACACUAGUGUAGCAUAGUUUGGAUUAGAUUAAACUUUAUUGUCAUUGAUUUAAUCCGAAAUGCAAAUCACAGCGUAUACAAAUAAAUAAUAACUAAUAAAAUAGUGCAGCUUAAUGAGGAACAGGCAGAAACAUAUAAUAAUAAUAAUAAGUAUAAUAAUAAUAAUUAAUAAUUAUAAUAGUAUAUUCAUUAUGAAUGUGUUUGUGAUAAUUUUGAGGACAAUUAAAUGACAGUUCACUUUAGCUCCAGGUGAUGGAGCUAUGUUACACAUAUUAUCACUAAUUUAUUACCAUAUCAUAUAUUAUCAAUAAAAAUGUAGUAAAAAGUGCUUUAUUUUUUCCUAUUACAUGUACAGCUGAAAUAAGUAAUAAAAGUAAAGAGCUAAAUUGAUCAUAAAUAAAAUCCUAAGUGACACACUGA